GUAAUAUAUACGUCAUAUCCAAACUAGUCGCUUUGGAUCACUCUCGAUCAACUUGUGGCCGAUUGAAUCGACCCCCUCGUCGCCCGAGUGCGUUUACGUAUGCAAGGGACUUUAAAGGCAGCGCGAGGCAUGUCAUAAACGGCUGGGCCGGGAAGCUUGGUGGUGCGUUUGAGGCCAGUGAGGCGGUACCUUCCGAGCCUCCUUCACUCUGCGGCGCAAGCGAGCUCUUCGGAACAGAAAUGGCGGAGGGGGAGUUGGACGUGGAUUCGUUGAUUUCCAGGCUUUUAGAGGUGCGAGGAUGUCGCCCGGGAAAGAUCGUCCAGAUGACGGAGGCCGAGGUGCGCGGCCUCUGCAUCAAGUCCCGGGAGAUCUUCCUCAGUCAGCCCAUCCUGCUGGAGCUGGAGGCACCCCUCAAAAUCUGUGGUGACAUCCACGGGCAGUACACAGACCUGCUCAGGCUCUUCGAGUACGGUGGCUUCCCCCCAGAGGCCAACUACCUGUUCCUGGGUGACUACGUGGACAGGGGGAAGCAGUCCUUGGAGACCAUCUGCCUGCUACUGGCCUACAAGAUCAAGUACCCAGAGAACUUUUUCCUUCUGCGGGGGAACCACGAGUGCGCCUCCAUCAACCGCAUCUACGGCUUCUACGACGAAUGCAAGCGGCGGUUCAAUAUCAAGCUGUGGAAGACUUUCACAGACUGCUUCAACUGCCUGCCCAUUGCCGCCAUUGUGGACGAGAAGAUCUUCUGCUGCCAUGGAGGUCUGUCGCCUGACCUGCAAUCAAUGGAGCAGAUCAGACGCAUCAUGAGACCCACAGACGUGCCAGACACAGGCCUAUUGUGCGACCUCUUGUGGUCGGAUCCAGACAAGGAUGUGCAGGGCUGGGGCGAGAACGACCGCGGCGUCUCCUUCACGUUCGGAGCCGACGUGGUCAGCAAGUUCCUCAACCGGCACGACCUGGACCUAAUUUGCCGAGCCCACCAGGUGGUGGAAGACGGUUACGAGUUUUUCGCCAAGAGGCAGCUGGUGACGCUCUUCUCGGCUCCCAACUACUGCGGCGAGUUCGACAACGCCGGCGGCAUGAUGAGCGUUGACGAGACCCUCAUGUGCUCCUUCCAGAUCCUGAAACCCUCCGAGAAGAAAGCCAAGUACCAGUACGGAGGCAUGAACUCGGGCCGGCCCGUCACUCCUCCCCGCACAGCGCAACCUCCCAAGAAGCGAUGAAGGAGGACCGAAGAAGAGAAAACGAGCGUCAGCGUCGUUUGGCGUCGACAUCUCGAGGCACACAGAUCCACCAACUGUUUAAAACAACAAAAACAAAACAAAAGACACAACCCGGCCGGGUUUUCUUUAUCUCCCACUGAACUGCCCUUCGUCUACCCCAACGUUGCCCUCUCCCAUCUAUGUAACAUUCAAAUAUUAAAAAAAUGUGACAAAAUACACCAA